AUGUCCCCGAUGAAUCCACCGUCCACAAGGAGUCGUACUGGUCGGGCUCCUCGGCGACCGCUGGCAGAUCCACAUCAUGCUCCGUCAUUGUUGCGGAGACGAAGCUCCCGGAUACAAUCAAGGCAGCGCUCUCUGGCAAUCCCUCCCGUCCAAGAAUCUUCCUACGUAUCUCAAAGCUCCUCCGAGCAACGACCAACCGGCCCUCAGAUAUUACAACCAUUUGUAGCAACCUCAUACACGCGUGUGCCAACUUCGGGUCCUGUUGAGGUAUCGCCGCCAGUAUCUUCAAGGGCACAGCUUCAAGAAUAUAUUCGUCCACCACAAACUCAUAACUGCCAGAGGCGGAGCCGAAGACUUGAUAGAUAUGUCGAGAUCGGUGCCGAAACCCCGCCAAAACGUGCCCGUCUAACGGAGAAAAAUUUGAAAGUGUUUGAAAAAAUGGGACGACAACAACGAACGGAUACAAAUCCAUCUCGUUCAGAAACCAAGUCCAAGUCCAAAUCCUCAACCACAACUGGAUCUACAAACAAGACAGUGCCUACGACAGAUUCUAGCUUUCCACGUCUUGCAUUUGAGAAUGGUAUCCUUGAUCCAGACCACUCUGUACCCCAUGAAAAUCUUAGUUCCCAUCAAGAUCGCCUUGACAGCCCACGUAACUCAAUAUCGCCGAGCGAGUCAGUGUAUAGGGAAUUUGCCCAUCGGAUACGGAGAGCUCCUAAUGAGCAAACAAUGGUAUUCGAAACAUCCACAUUGCUCAAGAGACAUGAACGAGGAUACGGUCGCGUCUAUAAUCAAGCUUUUAACGACUUCCCAAAAAAUGUAGGGUUCAACAACGGACUAUCAGCUACACAGCCAGAUAUGGUCGAAGGCCUUGAGAUGACGGAAUUCGAUCCAUUUCCCGUCCGCCAAGAGCUUGGAGGGGCUGCCGUUCCUACUUCAGAGCGAGACCCUCUAACCUUGCCCCAUUUAGCCGGAGAAUGGAAAGGCCCUGGGAAGAACAUGAUACUGGCAGAAACCCAAGCAGCGUACGAUGGUGCUUGCAUGGUUCACGGGAGGAACGCAGCCCUUUCAUUUCUUAAAACUCCUGAUCCUGCCGGCUUUGCACAUGUUCAUACUUUUACUACCGAUGGAACUACCCUCAAUACCUUUGCGCACUAUUCAUCCGACACCCAGGGCCAAGUCAAAUACCAUCAACAUCCUACCUCUAGCUCUUUCCUCCUAUCAAGCUACGAUGAUUUCAAGAAAAGCCGCCAGCGGUUAAGGAAUCUGCAGGAUAAUGCUAAAGAAACCUCAGAGAAGUUGAGGGACGAUCUAAACGAGAAGUGGUCUACAAAUAAUCAAUCUCCUCUCUCUCCAAACGUUCCUACCGACUCUACAGAUAAUAAUAGUUACGACUACGACGACGAAGAGGACCCAAACCAUAAAUUACUAGCGGGGUACUAG